CUCCACCCGCCAACGCCCGGCAUUUUCGUGGUUGCGGUGGUCGGACCGGUACGAAGGAUAAGGUUCCAAGGAGUGACCGUGUGGACCGCGAAGUGGAGGAAGAAGACUCAAGCUCCGGACUUGAAAUCGAAAUCGCUGGCAAACAGUAGGUUCUCACGAUCUCCUGAUUCCUCUACUGCUUUACUCCGCUCCAGCACAGUCAAUCGAUCCCUGCAACUUUGUAGCCCUAGUUCUGGUCAACUUAUUGGCUUCGUUUGAUUGCUAAGUUUUUGUCGCGGUGAAGUCAGGAAAUUUAGAGAUUUAACUUAUCAGUUUGGUCGAUGAUUGAAAUGCAACAGCGGUCAUAACUCUACAUCUGAUGCAUGUUUAGGGAUCCAAGUCUGGUGUUUUACAAAUUUCUCCUCCUCAUGGACCUUACUCUUGAAUGAAGAUGUGAAAAGUUCCUCUUUUUAUGAUUCUAAUGUGUUGGCGGCUCAGCUUCUACUAAAUAUGUAGUUGAAUGUGAAAAUGUUAUCACUAGCUCCGUAUGUACUGCCUUAUGUGUAUAUUCAGAAUGCAAGUCAUAGAAAAAAUGGGUGCAUCUAAAACAUGUUUUUAGAAGCAUGAGAUGAGAGAAUCAUAACCUUGUGCACAUAUAUAUAAAUGUACUCUGCCAAAUUUUAUUGUAGCUGGAUGAGUACAAGCAAUUUGAGUUUAAUCAAGGCUGAGUUUUGAUAUGUUCAGUUCGUCUGAAGCGACCCUUGUUCAGUCAAGGUACCUUAUGAGGCUAUUGAGUUUGGUUGAGGUGGGACGAUGCACUUUGGCUUAGAUGGGAUUUGGUUUGCCCCCGAUGGACAAUGUUGGAGGUGAGCAAGGAUAGCGUGCCAAGGGGAGACUUAUAGAACAUGGAUCCUUUUGGUCUCUCUCACUCUUUUGAAAGCUACUAACACUCGAUAGAUGCUGAAGUGGUGCUCUUCAAGCCCUCUGCAAACGCUAUCAAAAGUCCAUGACAGUACUAUAGUGCUGCCGUAUCUGUAGUUAUGGUUAUGAGUUCCAGCCUAUGCCCUUAACCCAUGUAUUUCCUGAUUUGGUCCAUCUACCACCUAUUUUACUGUGGUUGGAUUACUGUGUGGACAAGUUUGAUCUAUACACAUAUCGACCAUCCAAAGUAGUUGGUUAAUAGGGUUGCUUAUCUCCUAUCACACUGCCUAUUAAGCAUUAUAACUUUUUUUUCCACUAAGGAGAUGUUAGGACAUAGGAGAGACAGCUAUUGAUUAUACUGCAAAACAUGUUGGUUACCUUUUCUUCUAUCCAUGUUUGCUAUAUCUGCUCCUCGGAACCAAUUGGAAGGAAGCAUUUUUGUAUCCAAUCUUCUCAGGAAACUUUGCUUACCAGGAGGAUUACUGCGAUCUCCAGUGGGACCACAUUGGUUUCUGGCCUAAUAUACAACACCCUUGCAUUACCUAUACGGGCAGAAGAAGAUAACAAUCAAAAUGAUCCAAAGGGCGAGGGAGACAAUGGGGCUUUUGGCACUAUCAAGUCGAUAUUUGACCCUGACGAAAAAACAAAGACUGGAAAGUUAUUGCCAAAGGCUUACUUGAAGGAUGCAAGGGAAGUCGUGAAGACCCUUCGGGAGUCGCUGGAGGAGGAUGUGAAAGAUGCUUCUAAGUUCAGAAGGAGCGCAGAUGCAGCAAAGGAGUCAAUCAGACAAUAUUUGAGUAACUGGAAGGGACAAUCGACAGUCGUAGCUGAGGAAUCAUAUGCAGCAAUUGAGAAGGCGAUAAGAACACUAGCUAACUUCUAUUCAAAGGAAGGUCCCUUCGCAACAAUGACAGAUGAGGUGAAAGCCACUAUUUUGGGCGAUCUAAAGACUGCGGAGGACUUUCUCUAGUAUACUGGAUCAAGUUGAGCUAGUGGGUUUGCAUCUGGCUGGCUCUGUGAGGUCUAUUCAUUAUUGAAUUUGUUAGUUAUGUUCUCUUGCUCCCUCAAUGUGCUGUACGUGAGUAAUGAAUUAUUUCAUCCUAAACAAUUGAAGGAUUUAUAAAAUGAUGAUGUAUGGCAAAGUAAUCACAUUUGUGAUCUUAGUGCCAAACCUUUACA